AUGUAUAGACUUCUCACCGAAACUGCAAUUGCGCGUCAAACUACAGCAAGAUUGGCCAGAUCUUACUCAACCAAUGCAUCUACGUCAUCGAAAUUCAACUCGAAAUUAGUUGCUGGUGCAAUCGUGCCAAUUGCCGUUGCUGUAGGUUACAUGGGCUACUCAAACUCGAUAAACAACGAGACUGUGCUUGGAGUUGCUGAUAAAUUAAGAAAGAAUUUUGAGGAAGGUGAUGCAUUGAGCAACGAGCAACAAGAGAAAUUUGCCAGCGAACAACAAAGGUUGAGGGAUGAAAAGGAGGACCAUGAGAUUGCCAAGAUUGAAAAGCAAAAGAGUGUAAACACCAAGAAUGCUGGAGGUCUUGACAGUAAAGACCCAGCCUCCAACUCCAAAACGAGAGCUAUUGCUUCGGAUAAGUUGGAUGAUGAUACCAGCAGACAUGAAGCCAGUGACCCAAAGACCACAGAAAAAUCAAAGGAGACCAGAAAAGAUCUCAAAGAGAAUUUUCACCCUGAGGGCAAAACCCAAAAGAAGCCAACCAAAAACGAGGGAGAUACGGGAGAGACCGCUUACAACCCGGAAACUGGUGAGAUCAAUUGGGAUUGUCCAUGUUUAGGCGGUAUGGCUCAAGGUUCCUGCGGCGAGGAAUUCAAAGAUGCAUUUUCUUGCUUCAUCUUUUCUGAUGCAGAGCCAAAGGGUAUUGACUGUGUUAAGAAAUUUGAUGCCAUGAGAGGAUGCUUCAAAAAGCACCCUGAUGAGUACAAAGAGGAAUUGUACAAUGGCGAUGAGGAAAAUAGUACUGAAGUUGUUGAGCAUGUUGUUUUGGAAGUUGCCGAACCAGCAGUCAAGGAGCUAGAAGAAGGCAUUGAUUCGGGAAAAGUCAAAGGAAAGAAGUAG